GUUCUUUCAGCAAGACCUUUCUUCUCAAAAAACUUGUGAAGCAGCGGUCAGAGAAAGCUGUGAUAUGUUCUAUUUUAUCAUAUUCUGUCAUGUUUAUGGUCAGUGUUCUAUCACGCGCAUAUUUUUUCAUGUUUUCUCGUUCUUUCUGCAGGGCUUUUCUUCUCAACAAGCUUGUGAAGCAGUGCACGAACAGAGAAAGCCAAAGAAAAGCAGGCACAACAGACAAACCUUUUGAAAUAGCUUUCCUAAGUCCCUUUUGACAAAAUGAGUCUGUGCUUGUUAAGCCAGUAACAUUCACUGAUCCUUCGUGGGACGAUUUUUCUUCAAAAUCUAGUUUUAAAACGAUGGAAAAUCAGAUCUGCGAAGAGAUGGGGAAUAUUUUUGGAGCAAAGCGUGUUUGGUGCAGGCUGAUUUAUUCAAGAAAAGAGAACAAAAUUGAUCCAACAAGCCAAGGGUUCAACGAAAAUGGUAAUCAGCAGGACGAACCAUUGGAUAAUUUCUACAUCGAGUCUUACGACACACCCUGUAAUGAUCAUUUGUGCAAAAACUAUGAAAGAUGCACGUAUAAAGGCAUGGGCUACAAAUGUAAAUGUACGCUAUUCAAGUACGGAAAACCAUGUAUUAGCACCAAAGUUUGUGACAAAGACUCCUGCAAAUACAACCAAACUUGCCCCGCAUUGGAGGAUUGUUACAAAUGUGAUUGCAACCUGUUCAAACUUGAACAAGUCUGUGAAUAUGCCGGUUUUUAUCUUCUGUUCUCUGGUUUAAUCACUUUUUGUACUAUAGCCAUCUUUCUCUUCAUUUUCGUUGGCCGUCGACGUGUAAGGCGGAUAUAUACUUUUGGUCCUUUUCAGUCAUUCGAUUAAUCGGUUAUGAUAACGACUGAGGACAGUCAAUAACUGAAUAAAAGGUUUCUUGACUGGGUUAAGUGAACAAACCUACAGCAAGUGACAGAUCCUAGGCCUAAAGGGACACACGAGUGCUUAAACACUUGCGCAGGAAAAAUGGUCAAGGAAAAAAAGACACGACCUCUGAUAAAACCAGGCAAUAUCCUAGAAGCAUCUCACGGGGAAACUACAACUGACGUACACAUUUGUCAGCAUUAAAUCUAGUCCACUGUU